UGGGCUCUGGAUAUUUGUUUUUGUGAUCCUGUCGGAACGGAUGUAACCUUGAUCGUGAAACUGAAUCUACAGGAAUUUCUGCUCCUAAUUAUUGCACACUAGCAUUUCCACAGUGUUUUAUUUUGUGUCGUGAAAUCUAAGUACACCUGAACAAUAUUUUUCUUGCGUUCGCAUCUCCGUUCCAUCCAGUGGCAAGCGUACAUAGCGAGCGAGCAGAAACACGGAGAGGAAGGUAAUAACUGCUAGGUGCCCUCGAAACCAUCGGAAGGGUCUACGGUUUUACAUCGGGCUCGGUAAUUUCAAGCGUCAUUCCUCGGUUGAGUCAGCGAGCGUGUAGAGGGAAACCCGGAACGUGUUUCGCGCACAGAGGAGUUUUGUUCUAGAAACAUCCAUUUCUACUGAUCUCGAUGCCGCAGGAAAUCAAGAGAGAACGGAAAACCACACAGUCAAUGAUGCGCUCGAAAUCUAUUCACUGGAAUGAAGCACCACUGUCACCGUGCCCAAUACCGGACAUCAGUGACGAUGAGCUGGUAUCGAUUACGGUGCGUGACCUCAACCGCACCCUAAAGAUGCGAGGACUAACGCGCGAGGAAAUUGUGCGCAUGAAACAACGGCGUCGUACGCUGAAGAACCGUGGCUAUGCCGCCAGCUGCCGCAUCAAGCGGAUCGAGCAGAAGGAUGAGCUGGAAACGGAAAAGUCGCAGGAAUGGCGUGACAUGGAAGCGAUGCACGACGAAACGGGACGGUUACAAGAGGAGGUGGACUCGCUACGCAAUAAGUAUGAAGCGCUACGGAAGUUUGCCAUUUCCAAAAAGAUUCCCCUGCCACCGGAGCUAGAUGUGCUGUAAGAUAAGAGAUAAGGCAGCGUGAUAAUAAGACGCCACUUGGCAUUAGACGUUUCGGUUUCGUAUGUGAUUAAUUUACAUUUUCCAACCACAAUUCCUCUGUAGUUUGUAGCACAAGGUUUUUUUAUAUUAAGAGAAUUUCAAUAAUUAAAAUAUUGCUAAGGAGAUGAA